GAAGCGGCUCACGUUCGAGCUCUCAGACGCAACCUGAGGAGUAAACACGUCGACAACAACAUCAGGAGGCUGCAAACAUGCCGAGGCGAUCAGCGCAGGAGUGGAUCCGGCUCUCCAUGCGGACCCCGGGCAUAUUGAUCUUCGGCAUGGUGAUGGCUCCGUGUGGCUGGAUCCUGAAUCUGACCUCCACCGUGUCGCCCAACUGGAGGACCAUCCAUGACAUCCCGGGCCAAGCGACUAACUUGUUCAUCCAGCAGGGCAUCUGGGACAUCUGCGAGGCCAGAGACACUUCCACCUCCAUCUCAUGUGGACAGGACGACACCACCUACUUCGGCAACCAGAUCAUCGAGGUGGCACAGGGUCUGAUGGUGGCCUCGCUGGUGGUCACCCUGGUGGGUCUGGCCGUGGCGAUCCCGGGCGUCCGCUGCUGGAGAGAAACCCCGAACUGGGUCGUGGCAGGCCUGGGCGGGAUCCUCAUCUUCCUCUCAGGGGUCAUGACCAUCAUCCCCAUCGCCUGGUACACCCACAUCCUCGAGGACAUAACCACGGAGACCCAGACGGUCACCAUUCGGGUGGGCUACUGCAUCGUGUUGGGCUACAUCGGGGGCAUCUUCGAGAUCCUCGGCGGCUUCGUCAUGUUCAUCGGGAUCUGCCGAUGCUGCGGUGGCAAGAACAGAGGAGAGGUCCGCGUGGAGGAGGUCAGGAACCGCUACAACCCGAAGCCCACACCCAGGCGGGUGGACGUCCCCAGUCUCAACCGGCCGCGGAGCAGCGCCAGCAGCGUCCCCUACUCCAAGGACUCCCUGGACGAUGACGUGUCCUUCCCGCGAGCCAAGAGCCCCGCAGCGCGGUCCGUCAACACCGCCGACAGCGGAAGACCCUAUGAUGCUGACCUGUGACCACGCCAGCUGAAAUCCAAACUUGCCUUUAUGUUGUAGUCUUGCCGUCGAGGUGCAAGUCAAAGUCUCCAGACUUGCUCAGAUCAAAUCGGAUUUUUUUUUAACUGUCGGGAAUGGAAGGAAGCGGAUCUGCCAUAGAACGCCGUCAAUGUGAUUCUUCAUGUUGUACCUGAAAACGUGCAAUAAGAAAGUGUUUAAAAUGUGUGUUCUUGUAAAUAUAUAUAUUCCCUCUGACUAGUAUGUACAUACUUAUUUUCUAAAAUUGCACUUAUGCACUGGGGUGACCAAGAUUUGUACAACACACUGUGAUUAAAGUGUUCUAUGAAAUCA